UCCUGAUGGAAGUCUACAAACUUGCAUCACAUUCGAGCGUUAAAAAUCACGCGUUCAUUUGUGACACUUACUAUCAGAGCAGAAGUCAAUACUGACACUCAAAUCUCAUAACCACCCCAAACGAUAAGAAAAAAAAAUGUCAACAGGUCAACAGGUCAAGCAAGUAAGAAGAUCGCAGUUCAUUCUUAUUCACCUUUUUGACGAAGGAAGGCUUAGAGCACCGUCCCUGUACAUUGUGAUGGGUAUAAUGCUGUGGUCAAAGGUAGAGGACUGGAAGGUGAUGUAUAACCAGCUGAUGGAACUAAGAGAUCCGAAGCUAGACGGAUUUCCGUUGAUGGACUCCCCGUUUCCCAUGCUCGCUAUAAUCUUAGUGUAUUUACUCUUCGUUCACCUGGGGUCCAAAUGGAUGAAACACCGCCAGCCUUACAGACUCAAUCACCUGAUGUUUGCUUACAAUUGCCUCAUGGUGUUGAUCUCGUUUUAUAUCUUUAGCUGGUUUGGCUAUGCUAUCGUCAAGCGAGGCUAUUCAAUGUAUUGUACAAACUGGAUAGUAUACGACCUACCAGAUGGCCAUUGCCUUAAACCUUGGGUGAGUUCCGAAAAUUUAUAUCAUCUUUUAAAUGCCAUGUGUUUAGCGCUAAUACCUCAAACACAAUGCAAUAAAACAACAUUGGUGGCAGCUCUUGAUGUCAAUGGAUUCCUCAAUAUUUCCACUGAUAUGUUGCUACAGGCAUACUAUGCUGGAUGGCUGUCCUUCUACUCGAAGGUGAUUGAACUCUUGGAUACAGUAUUCUUUAUUUUGCGUAAAAAGUUCAAGCAAGUCACAUUUCUACACGUCUACCAUCACACCAUGACGACCUUCUGUUUUUGGUUUGGCGCCAGAUUUUUACCGAAUGGUCCAGUCAUCAUUUUCCCGUUUCUCAAUUGCUUCGUCCACGUCAUCAUGUAUACAUACUACGCCUUGACCAGUGUUGGCUACUCCUUGAGGACCUGGAAGAAGUAUUUAACCAAGAUACAAUUAGUCCAGUUUUUGGCCUUCUUGGUGCCAUCAGUGCUGUACCAGCUGUACGACUGUCCAUUUGCCAAGAUGUACUUCUCCCUGGUCCUCUUCUACGUCAUCACUCUGGUGGUCCUGUUCACCAACUUCUACAUCAAAGCGUACCUCUCCACAGACAGGCACCCGAGACAGACACACUUGAAAAGUGAGAAACAAAAGUGUACGUGAGACUAGUGCUGUUGUAAUGACUUCAAAAUACAAACGAAGUUUGAAAGAUU